ACUGUGCACUCUUGGCUAGGUGGAGGUAACACUGUCACCUACACUGAUGCCAAAAUUGCCCCUCACAUUUUAGAUGUGUACAAACAAAGACUGAAGGAGGCAGUCAUGCGACUUUUUGAAGGGCCAAAACAGCAUCUAAAUUCUUUCAGUGAGUUUUUUUUUUAUACUGCUCAUACUGUAUUUACUGAAUAUUGUAUCUAGAUUACAGUUAGCCUAAAUAUCAAUGAAAUUAAGAAAUAAUAAAGAUUUUUUUUCAAAACUAUUUGAUUAAUUAUCAAUAUGAAAUUUUAAAGUGCUGUAGUCAUAAAGAGAAUAAAUAUUUAGAUUUUGUCUUACAAACUGAUUUAGUUUUUCUACUAUUUUAGUGGAGAGAUAUAACUACAUUGUCAACGGAGAGGCCCUGGCUGAGAUAAAGGAAUAUAUGAAGGACAAGCACACAUUUGCUGAGUAU